AUGGAUUACUACUAUCCUAACAAUGGUGGCAGAUAUAAUCAACAUCAGUUUCAGAGUAGGGUUGAGCAUCAACAGCAGGAGCAACUACCACAUGGCUAUGUUGUGCCGCAUGGAGGUGGACAAUGUUCUGCUCCACUGGGCAGUUACGAGCACCAGGCAGUAGUGCCUGCACACAACACAAGGCAUCAGCAUCAGCAACAGCAAGAGAAUUAUCAUGCAGAACAUUACUGGUUUGACACGAAACACCAGCUGCAGCAGGAGCAGCCCUAUGAAUCAAUUCCCCGACCUGAACAUAAUCAGCAAUCUGGAGUACAAGUGCUCGAAGCAUGUGGUCGGCCUCAACCAAAUGAUCUAAAUCAAUUUGUCUAUGGUCCAAGUCAGGCAAACGAGGCAGGAGGUGAUCCAAGACCUCUCCCACCUCAUUCACAGCAGCAACCAUUGCCAGCCACAGCUCCGCAACCACAGAAGCGAGGACAUGAGGAAUAUCAUGGUAACCUCCUCCUGGAAGAUGGUGACAGUGCGAAGAAGAUAAGGAAAACUGAGAAUGACACACCAUCAACUCGGAUUAGUAGUGAAGCCCAUGCCAGCAAAGGAUUGAAGCAGAAGGCCACAGGUGCAAAGCUGAAGACAAAGGCAAAGACGAAAAUUGAUGGGGAACAAGCCAUGGCUCACCUUCAAGAGCAAAGCCAUUGGUCAGACAAGAACACCAAACUUUUGCUCGAAACCCUGCUAGGUGGUGACAGUGAAUUCUAUGAAGGCCUCACUGGCAAUGCUAAACACGUCUUCAAAAAGGUCUCUGAACGUAUAUUCAAAGGACGACGCAGCCCAGAGUCAAUCAAGGGACGUUACGAGCGCUUACGACGAGUGUUUUCAUAUAUCUUGAAUUUCAAGUCCAUCACUGGCAAUGGCGGUGGUGAUCCUGAUGUUGAAGUCCUUGAUGAGAAGAUUGAGAAUGCUCCAACAGCUGGGAAGGAUAUUGGGAACUUAUCUGGGGCUACCUUGAAAAAAAUGCACCCGGGACUUGUGCGAGAGGAAGAUUUUCGCUCUGGAACGAUCUCGGAUACAAUCGAUAUCAGCAGUGAUGAGGGUAGUGAUGGUGAAAGCAAGGACAGUGAUACGGAGAGGAAGACUAAGCCAAAAGCAGGUCAACCUGCACACAAAUCAGUUUUAUCUGCAGGUGACAAGAAAGUUAAGCCAACAUUGCAGAAAGGAGUCCCUGCGCUGCGGCACAAACGCAAGGCUUCGCAGACUGGUAUCGGCAGUGAAGCUGCUGAGUUUUUCGCAUCAAAUGUCGAAUUCCUGAAGGCAACAGCAGAUAGCGACAUUGCAUGCUUGAAACUCCUCGAAAAAUGCGAGUUCCGAGGGGACAAACAAUAUAAUUACAUGGUAGAGAAAGGGCGGGCUGAGAUGACACUGGCAGAACGUGAGGCGAAGGUGAGGCAUGCAAAAGAGAUUUUGACUACAGAUGGGAUGCCAGAUAAGCUGAAAGCAGCAGCUCAUCAAAUGUUAUUGGACUACUUCACUAUUGGAGCCAGAGAUAUCAACAUCAGCUCGGUCAUCCUCAGUGUCGUCAUGAUCAGGGUCAGAACUAUCAAACAGUGGAAUGAGCUCAGGUACAUCUCCAAGGUCAAUGCACAUAUUGUGCAGAGCAAAAAGUGCCUCGACAACACGGCGGCAAAUCCUUCAAACUGGGAAAACGGCCCUUGA